GGGCCGGGCUGAGACCCACGGCGGCGCAGGCUAGGGCCAGGGCAGAGCAGAGGCAGCAGGGCAGCGCCCGGCUGUGCUGGGGCUGGUGGGAGCUGGACCCAGAGCUGCCACGGGCGGGUCAUGCGCUGCCCCAAGUGCCUUCUCUGCCUGUCAGCGCUGCUCACGCUCCUGGGCCUCAAGGUGUACAUCGAGUGGACCUCGGAGGCCGGGCUCAGCAGGGACUCCCCGGGCCCCAGGGGCACCCUGCCAGACGCCACCUCGGCCAGCCCCGAGCCCACCCUGCCUGCCAACCUCUCCGCCCGCUUGGGCCAGCCUGGCCCGCUGUCCCCAGCUUACUGGAACCAGCAGCAGUGGCGGCUGAGGGCCCUGCCCAGUGGGGACGGCGCUGAGGCCGGGGACUGCCAUGCUUGGGGGGCCGCCGCAGCUGCCCAGAUUCCCGACUUCGCUUCCUACCCGGAGGACCUCCGCCGCUUCCUGCUGUCCGCGGCCUGUCGGAGCUUCCCACGGUGGCUGCCUGAAGGCGGUGUCGGCCAUGUGGCCGGCUGCUCGGCCGAGGACGUCCCUUACCUGCUGCUGGCUGUCAAAUCGGAGCCAGGGCGCUUUGCGGAGCGCCAGGCCGUGAGGGAGACCUGGGGCAGCCCAGCGCCUGGCAUCCGGCUGCUCUUCCUGCUGGGGUCCCCGGCAGGACUGGGGGGGCCCGACCUAGGCUCGCUGGUCGCCUGGGAGAGCCAUCGCCACCGUGACCUGCUGCUCUGGGACUUCCUCGACGUCCCCUUCAACCGGACGCUCAAAGACUUGCUGCUGCUGGCCUGGCUGGACCGCCACUGCCCCGACGUGGCUUUUGUGCUGCAGGUUCAGGACGAUGCCUUCGUG